UUUUGGCGGCGGUUUGAUUCCUCCCAAGAUGGCGGCGGCUUUUCCUCAGUCGCUCGGCUCUCGCCGCAGCCGCUCUGGCUGGGACGGGACGGCGGGAAGGAGAGCGGCGGCGGCGGCCGCUCCGGCCUUGGUGGCGUUGGCGGCCGCCGUCGCCGCCGUCGCCUCGGCUUCGCAGGACCCCGGCGCGGCGGGGCGGCCAGUGAGGGAGCUGAGCGGGUCCAACUGGAGCCUCCUGCUGCAGGGCCAGUGGAUGGUCCAAUUCUAUGCCCCUUGGUGUCCCGCUUGUCAGGAGAUGGAAUCGGCAUGGGAGGCUUUUGCAGAAAACAGCAAAGACCAUGAACUCAGCGUGGGCAAGGUGGAUGUCACUCAAGAACCAGGCGUAAGCGGUCGCUUCUUUGUUACGACACUCCCCACGAUUUACCACGCAAAGGAUGGAGUGUUUCGAAGAUACCGUGGCUUGAGGACGCUGGAGGAUUUAGAAACCUAUAUCCUGGAGAGAAAGUGGGAAGCUGUGGAACCUGUGGCUGGAUGGAAGUCCCCCUCAUCUAUUACGAUGCAUGGAAUGGCAGGACUCUUCCAUUUAUCUGCAUGGAUCAGGCAAAUCCACAACUACUUAACAGUCACUCUUGGAAUUCACGUUUGGGGUUCUUAUGCAGUCUUCAUAUUGGCCACUUUAUUGAUUGGUCUAAUCCUGGGCUUGAUACUGGUUUUACUUACAGACUGCAUUUUCCCACCUAAGUCCGAAUUGGAAGAUUCUGACUUGGUGGACCGCAGUGAUGAUAAAACAGAGGAGCAACAGGAGACAGUAGAGCAUAUAGCCGAAGAACCAGUUCCAGAAAAAGGUUUGUCUGAUGGAGAAGAUGAGGAAGAUGAGUCUCAGGGAAACUCUUCGGAGGACUCUGCAGUUGAAGGAUCCGAGACUGAAAAUGACUCUGAGCACCAUGCAGCUGACAAAGUGGAGCAAAGCUCUCUAAGGCAACGUAAAAACCAGGUGGAGGCUGAUGGACUAUAGUGCAAUUAGCUGUGUAUGUACUUUUAUCUGGACCAAAGAAGCAUUGGGGACCAUCCUUGAUUGCAGCUGACGCCAAACACUUGACCUGUAAACUGUUACAGCUAAAUCCAUGCUUUGUGUCGGAAGGCUGCUUGCUGUCAUUGUCUUUAGGGCCAGUAAUUUCUGGAAGAUACAUUUUUAAUGUUCAGAUAGAAGCCAUGACAAUCACGUAACUUUGAUUUUGUACCAGAUGCAGGGGUGGUGUCGAUGAGAGGUGUUAACUUUUGGCUAGGAUGCCAUAGGCAAGGCACACUGUACACAGAUACAAUUUUUGUGUUUCAGUAUUAUGUGCUUACAGAUUUUAGUUAAUCUAAGGCAUGCUUUGGUCUUUGUUGGCACAAGCUAGUCAGCCAUGGAAUUCGAAGCUUUCUGUAAAAACCCUAUAGUUCCUCGUUAGAUAUAAGGCAGCUUCCAUUAUUAUCAGUGAAGAAUUAACUUUCAUAUACAUGCAGUACACCAUUAUUUUUGAAGUGGUU